AUGGGCAUUGUUGAAGCACCAUUGGCAGUGCUGGCCCACAGCCCGCUGAGGGCGGAACAUGCAAUUGGAGCAUGUUCUCAACCCCAUCAGCCGAUUUCUCUCCAUGGCCUGACGCUUUCGAGGGCCCGGGCGGUUCGCCAGGCAUUCCUGGCACUUCCUGGCCCCACUCUGCUAGAUGGGGCGCAGAUGGCACUCGCUGCACGGCGAAACAGGCUUCGGAAGGGUGCCAGGAGGAUCGGUGGCGAGAAUGAGGCCAUCAAGGGGGUCCGCCAAGUGUUGGACUACAGACUUGUGCUGGAGGUGCUUGCCGGCCAUUGGGACCGGCGGCGGGGGGGGGGGGGGGGGGUGGGGCUAGGUUAG